AUGGAGGAUGUGGUGGCUGAAACCCUCAAAAUCAUUCAUAAUGAAGGAGAUUCAUUUUCCCAAAGGGCAGAAAUGUACUACAGGAAAAGGCCACAGCUAAUAGUUUAUAUGGAAGAAGUCUUUCGAGCGUACAGAGCAUUGGCAGAGAGAUAUGACCAUCUAUCAAAGGAACUCCAAAGUGCCAACCGCACUAUUGCCAGUAUUUUCCCAGAACAAGUCCAAUAUAGAACAGAUGACGAUGAUGGUGAAGAAAGUUUCCAUGAAACAAAGUCAUCAUCUCUAGACCCCAACAAUCAAACACCAAAAGAAGGCAUUCCUAAAGCUCCAAAUAUCCCAAAAAAUUUUAGAAGCCGUUCCAUGAUUGUGUCUAGGAAGGGUCCAGUUAGGAGGACUGCUAGCUCUGCAAAGUCCCCUCCCACUAGUCCUAGAUCGGGUCUGACUAAGGCUGAAGCACUCGCAGAAGUUGACAGGCUUCAGAAAGAAAUAUUGGCACUACAGACUGAGAAAGAAUUUGUAAGGAGCUCGUAUGAGCAUUCCUAUGAAAAGUAUUGGGAAAUUGAAGACAAGAUUACAGAAAUGCAGAAAAGAGUUUGCAGAUUGGAAGAUGAGUUUGACAUUAGUAAUAUCAUAGAAGAUAAUGAUGCACGAGCUUUGAUGGAAGCAACUGCUCUAAAUGCAUGCAAAGAAACCCUGGUUAAGUUGCAAGAGGUACAGGCACAAUCAUCUGAAGAGGCUAAAGAAUCAUACGAAAUGGUUAAGGAAGCUCAGGGCAAGCUUAAAACCCUUAGAAACCAAUACAUUUCUAAGCAUAAGAGUCAACAAGACAAAGGAGCAGAACCAAAAAGCAUAGAAGAAGAUCUGUUUAGCUUGGAAGAAGAAAUACAUGAGGGUGAAGUGGAGCUGUUGCUAGACAUGAUUAAUGAAAAGCUUGACAAAGAUUCAGGUAGUCCCCUCACUAUGGACGAAAUGGCGGAGAAGAUUGAUGAGCUUGUAGAUAAGGUUGUUACCCUGGAAACUGCGGUCUCUUCUCAGACUGGCUUGGUAAAGACACUGAGAUCAGAAGCAGAUGUACUUCAAAAAAGUAUACUUAGCUUGGAAGAGGAGAAGGAAGUGCUGAUAAAAGAUUCACACCAAACCAAAAAGAAGCUGGAGGAAGUGGAAGAGGAGUUGAGGAGAGUUAAAAUUCUCAAUCAAAGAGUCAAAAGGCAAGAGAACAGCCUCCGAACACUAGUUAUUGAGGCUAGUUGCGAUCUUGAACAUCUUUCAGGAAAAAUGAAUGAUGUGAAGCUAGUUGAGGAGGGAGAGGACUUGCUACUUUACGAAAACCGAAGUGCACCAGAUGGAGAACUAAAAAAGGAGUCUGAAAAACCAGGUAAUAACACAGAAACCAUGAAGGAUGUUAAGACAACAAUGGAGGAAAAGGAAGAUUAUAGUGUGAAUUUUGGUGAUGUUAAAAAUGAAGAUAACAAGUACAAUUUGAAUGAAAAUAUUGAUUUAAUGACUGAAAAGAUUCCAGAGCUAAUGCUGCAGAAUAAGGAUGAUUUGUCUGAGUCAAAGAGUAAUCUUGACACUGAAUCACUUGAUCAGGGGACUAUUGAGAAAGAUGAACCGAACUGGAGUCAGAUGUUUGCAAGUGGAUUAGAUGACAGAGAAACCAUUCUGACAGAAUUCAAUUCAGUUUUAAAGAACUACGAGGAUGUAAAGGGCAAGCUCAAUGAUGUUGAGAAGAAAAACCGGGAUAGCAUUUUCGAGUUGGCACUUCAGGUAAAAGAAUUGAAGGAUACAGUUGAAACUAAGGAAAAAGAGAUAACCAUUUUACAGCAGAAGCUGACCUCUUCAGAAGCAAAUCCUGAAGAAAGUCCUCGCACCACUUUAACAGAUUAUAACUACAAACCACAAGAAGCACUUCUUGGAAUUGCACCUCAAAAAACUGCCACACAAGACCCUAAAAAUCCAUCUUCAAACACAGAUGCAGGUGCAGUUGGUACUUCUUACAGAGAUCAACACCAACAAAAUGUUGAGAAAAAGGCAAAGUUUGGCAUACUAGUGAAGGUGAGACCAAACCAGUAUCAUAAGAGUCAUUCACUUUCAACCUUGGAGAAGAAAUUUCGUUCAGCCAUUGAUCGUUUGCUAGAGGAGAACUUGGAGUUCUGGUUGAGGUUCAGCACCUCAGUGCAUCAGACACAGAAGUUCCAAAACUCCAUACAGGACUUGAAAUGUGAGCUUAGAAACAUAAGGAACAGCAGUAUGUCCCAAGAGAACUUAAAUUCCAUGCAAUCUGAAAUAAAGCCCAUAAUUAGACACCUGAGAGAGAUAAGAAGUGAGUUAUCCUUAUGGCUGGAACACAGUGAAGUGUUGCAUGAAGAGUUAAAAGGUAGGCACCCUUCAUUGUGCACCUUACAAGAUGAAAUAGCAAGAGCAGCCAAUCCAAAUGGUGCAUCAAAUAUGGCAGAACUAAGUGGGUAUCAGGCUGCAAAGUUUCAAGGUGCGGUUUUCAACAUGAAGCAGGAGAACCACAAGGUUUGUAGUGAACUGCAAGCAGGUAUCAUUAUUGUGAAGGGAUUGCAAGAUCAAGUUGAGGAGAUGCUAGAAGAACUGAGUCAAGAAAUGGGGGCUAACAAUCAAGAUCAAAUUACAAAACAAUCCACAAAUCGUAAGAUGCCCUUGAAGUCUUUUCUGUUUGGAAUGAAGUUAAAGAAACAAAGGCAACAGGUCACUACAUGUGAGCAUCCAACAGAACAGAGACAAAACAGCCAUCUAGCAACUGAUGGUGCCCCUGAAUAG